AUGACACAAGCCCAAAUGCAGAUGGUCGCCGAGCUGGAGAUGGAAAUGAUGAGCGACAUGUAUCGGAGGAUGACGGGCGCCUGCCAGGAAAAGUGCAUCAGCCGUACGUUUAAGGAAGCUGACCUGACCAAGGGCGAAUCGGUCUCGCUCUUUUCAGCAAGCGUCGACAAGACGGCCAAUUUCGUGACGAGGAACGGCGUCGAACUCGAGAACAAGAUCCGCGAGAAGGAGGCCCAGAAUCCGCGCUUUUUCUUCCUGCUGCCCACCGAUCCCUACAAUGCCUACUACAAGCAUAAGGUCAAAGAACUACAUGAAGGCAAAGAGGAGGCUCCGCGAAUCCAAGUGCCCGAGGCUGUCAAGGAGCACGUGAAGAAAGUGGCCGAGGCGAUCACCCGCCCCCCACCGGCACACGAAUUCAGUGAUGAUCCGACGACGAUCAACGCGUUCGACUUGGACCUGAUCCGGCUGACGGCGCUGUUCGUCGCGCGCAACGGCCGCUCAUUCAUGACGAAUCUGAUGAACCGAGAGAUGCGCAACUUCCAGUUUGUCUUCCUCAAGCCGCAGCACAGCAAUUUCCAGUACUUCUCAAGGCUUGUCGAGCAGUACACGAAGGUCCUCAUCCCAUCCAACACCAUCACCAAGGAGUUGUCGGAACAGCGCGAGAAGAAGCGGCUUCUGGAUGACGUCGACAAGCGUGUCCGCUGGGAAAAGUACCAGAAGAGUCUGAAGGACAAGGAGGAGGCCGAGCUCGAAAAGGAGCGUGUCGCCUACGCGCAAAUUGACUGGCACGACUUUGUCCUCGUCCAGACCGUCGACUUUUCGGCUCAGGAUUUGGGCAAUCUCCCUCCACUCUGCACUCCAAACGACGUCGGGGCUCGAAUCCUGCUCGAAGCCCGCAAAGAGCAAGAAAAAGCCAGCGAAAGCGCCGCCAUGGACAUGGAGGAGAGCGAGGACGAGCAAGAGAUUGCACGAGCUUCCUGCCGGGCGUGUCAACGCUUCUGUAAACAACUCUACCUAAACGACGCCAGCUCGUACGGGACGGCGAUAAACGGCGUCAACUACGUGAAAAAGUCGCAUCCGCUCAACGACGGCGACACGUUCAUCGUUGGCGACCACGAGUUUGUCGUUGAGAUACUGCCCGAGAUGAAGCCGCCGCCAAACCAGCAACAAGCCAAGAUCACGGGCUUCUUCGCGGCCAGCCAGGGCACCCAGCGCGCCACGCAGCGCAACUCGAUCGAGGUGUUGGGCGAGAAUACGCAGCGGGUCCCCACGCCGAGCCAAAGGCCGAAUUACUCGCUGAAGACGGAUGAGAGGCAGCGCAGCUGUGUUGCGAGUUCGGCAGCCUCAACAACAAGCCGGGCAGCGCCUCCAGCGCCCAAACGAAUUCCGUCUACGUCGGCCAAUGCCUAUUAUGCAAAAUCCGCUUUCUUCGACGAUGAUGACAUCAUUUCUGUGCCCUCAUCGUCGACAACCCAGAAUCGAGGCGGUAAUGGUCGACUGCAAGCCCGCGCCUCUGCCCUCCAAACCAUCAACAAUCAAAAGUCGACGACAAGCGGCGAGGAGGGCACGCAGAAUGCCGCUCCUUUUGCGCCAACGACGAGACGAGGGGUGCCGGAAAGGAUCCCAUCAACGAGUGCCGAGUUGAAGCGCCCGGAGCCGGCUUCGCAAAGCAGACUGGCGAGCUCGAAAAGUUCCGCGCAGCAAAACGAAACGCAGUCCGAGUUGCUGACGUCGAUGAUCAAGGAGGCGCCGGAAGAGGACGAAUUAACCGUGUUGCCGCCCGCCAAACGAAGAUGCGCUGAGCCGAGGGCAACCCGGCAAUCUGCCAUGAAGCCAGAGAGCCAGGCAAGCAAUUCGAGUCAAGCCAGCCGGAGACCACCCCUAUCAUCAAGCGGAAAGGACAACUACCAGGAGCUGCACGAUAAAUUUUCGGAUCUCAGCGGGAAUUCGGCUGUCGAAGGGGAAGAAGCCGAUUCUGAAGAACGUCCACAGGACGACGAGAUGGACAGCCAGGUGCACAAUCUCGAGAUUAGUCGCCUCGAUCGGCCGAUCGUGACGCAGUUCAGCGACCUCUUCCGCAAAUCGCAGCCCCUCCAAUCGCACGGCGGCUUCUCGUUGAACAGCCUCGACACGUCGAAACCCAACUUCAAGCGGUUCAGGAAGGCUCAA